AUGGAGGAGUCCUCUGUGCUUCUCUGGAAGGGGUGUACCCCUUGGCAGGGAAUUCUGCUCACAGCCUCUCUCUUAACCUCUUGGCACCUGUCCACCACUGCCCAUGUGACCAUUGAGUCACUUCCACUCCAAGUGGCUGAAGGAGAAAACGUCCUUUUCCUUGUCCAUGAUCUGCCAAAGAAUCUUAUAACCUUUGCCUGGUUUAAAGGGCUGACAAAUACGACACAAAGAAUUGCAAUGUAUACAAUGGACAGCAAUGUAAGUGGGCCAGGACAUGUGCACCGUGAUAGAGAGACAAUAUAUCAUAAUGGAUCCCUGUUGAUCGAAAAUGUCACCCAGAAGGACGCAGGAAUCUAUACCCUACGAACCUAUAAUAGACAUGGAAAAACUGUAUCAACAACAUCCAUGUACUUUCACGUGUCCGCCUUCCUUUGGAAGUGUGGGCGCCUUGCUGCCUCUUCCCAGCCCACUAUUGAACCAAUGCCACCCAGCGUUGCUGAAGGGAGAAGUGUUCUUCUACUUGUUCGCAACCCCCCAGAGAAUAUUGUAGACUUUUCCUGGUACAAAGGAAUGGUUGGAGUCAAGAACCUUUUGGCUAUCCGACAUAUACAAGGCAGGAAACCAACUGUGUGGGGACCUGCAUACAGUGGCAGGGAGACACUGUACAGUGAUGGAUCCCUGCUUAUUCACAGUGUCACUCAGAACGACCGCGGAUUGUACACCCUACGAAUUCUGAGAUCAGACAUGGGAAAUGAAGAAGCACGAGUGCAACUCCAGGUGGACACUUCCCUUUCUGUGUUCUGUAAUGCUCUCACUUCUCAACUCAUGGUCCAACCAGAGCCUCGGUAUGCUGUUGAAGGUGAAGGCGUACUUCUCCAAGUCCAUAAUCUUCCAGAAGAUCUGAAAGCAUUUUUCUGGUACAAAUCAAAGAAUAGGAACCCAGACCUUAAAAUUGUAGAAUACGUCAGAAUCAUUGAUUCCGUCUCCUGGGGGCCUGCACACAGAAGAGGAUGGAUGUUGUACAAUAAUGGUUCCUUGAUGCUCCAGGAUGUCACUGAAAAAGAUGCAGGAAUAUACACACUAGAAGUUUUAACCAAUGAUUUCAAUUACAAAAAGAUACAUGUGGAAUUUUAUGUACAGAAGCAUGUGACACAGCCCUUUGUGAGAAUCACUGAUACCACAGUUACAGGAGGUACAUCUGUGAUAUUAACCUGCAUUUCACAUGACACUGAUAUCUCUAUCCGUUGGAUCUUCAAUAAAAAGAAUCUGCAGCUCACAGAGAGGAUGACUCUUUCUCCUACAAAGUGUGGACUCAGAAUUGAUCCAGUCAGUAGCAAGGAUGCUGGAGAGUAUCAGUGUGAGGUUUUCAACCAAUUCAGUUUGAAUACCAGUCUUCCAGUCUCCUGGCCAUGA